AUGCCUUUGAAGCGUCGGACGCUCAAGCCGCGUCAGUCCGCGAACACCGCAAUUGCUGCCAGGCCAAAGCCGGGUCUGAAACGCACUGGUUCGGACUCUACAAUCGAAAACCAUGAUAUCGGUGCCAGUACAAAGAGAUGGAAAGGAGAGGAGAAGAAAGCUGUUACCAUUAUUGUCAAUGCGAAGAAAGCUGCCGUGGAGGCUGCUCGGAGGCGCUGGACAGCUCGUCACCGACGCCUAUUCGAGACCCUCCUUCCACAAUCCAGCAACCUUUUGGACCAUAUAGAACAGGAGAUGAAAGAGUCCAGUGACAAGGGCGCCUAUGUCCCGCUGCAUCAGCUGGACGAGCAGCCGAAACUGGUAACCGGAGGGAAUCUAAAGGAUUAUCAGCUGCAAGGCUUGUCAUUCCUAGUCUGGAUGUAUCGUAACGGUAUGAACUGCAUACUUGGUGAUGAGAUGGGUUUGGGAAAGACGCUACAGACACUGUCUCUUCUCGCCUACGUCAAAGAAAAUUCAGUUGGCACAAUUGACCCUCACGUCAUCGUCUGUCCACUAUCAGUCCUUUCGUCUUGGGAAUCGUAUCAGGCGCAAUCCCUGAUAUACCAUAAGGAAUGCGCCCGUUGGGUGCCGUCCUUCAAGGUACUCCGGUUCCAUGGGCCUCAGUCUGAGAGAACACGCAUCAAGAAUGCAGUCCGAGCCGGUGACAUCACGUUCGAUAUCUGCGUCACGACGUAUGACUCGUAUGUGGCCGAAGAUGGCUGGUUCAAGAGCCGACGGUGGACAUAUUGCGUUCUCGACGAGGGCCACAAGAUCAAGAAUGCUGGAACUGACGUUGCUAGCAAGUUACAGGGUCUCGGCGCACUGUAUCGGCUAAUUCUGACGGGCACGCCCAUCCACAAUAAUCUCCUCGAGUUGUGGUCCCUGCUGCAUUGGCUAUACCCGAAUCUUUUUACAGCGGCAUCGGAGCGUCUCUUCAAAGAUUCCUUUGAUCUAACCAGGGGCCUUUACAACCUCCCUUUCCUCACUGCUGCGCAGAAUCUACUAUCGACCAUAAUGAUCCGUAGGACCAAAGCGAGCGUAGAGAUAAGCGUCCCUCCGAGAGAAGAGCUCACCGUGUUCCUCCCGUUGACGGAGGCGCAGAGGUUCUGGACGUAUAGACUGCUGACACGGAUGGACGCCGUUGACCUCCAGCAGAUUUUUGAGAGUGACAUUGCCGGGAACGUCGCAGGUCAUGCAGAGGGGCCUCUUGAUCAGGGACGUCAGGAGGUGCUAGCGCAUCUGCAAGAACAAGUCCGGAGCAGCUCUACGGGCAACCAAAAUCAAUGGAAGAGGCUUAUGAACCUCCUCAUGCAACUGCGGCAAGUUUGCGACCACCCUUACCUCUUGCCCGACGCCGAACCGGACCCCUUCGUUAUCGGGGAGCACCUUGUCGCCGCUUCUUCAAAGAUGAUUGUCAUAGACAAAUUACUAGCCGAUAUCCUCCCGAAGGGUGAAAGGGUCUUAAUAUUCUCGCAAUGGACAGGGAUGCUAGAUCUUCUCGAAGACUUCAUGGAAUUGCGAUCCAUCCCGUACGCUCGAUUAGAUGGCAGCACAUCGAGGCCGAGGCGAGCGCUCGACAUUAAACUGUUCCAACAGGAAAAAUCACCUUAUCAAGUCUUCCUAAUAUCCACGAAGGCUGGCGGCCUAGGCAUCAAUUUAACGAAGGCGUCCACUGUCAUCAUGUGUGACUCGGACUGGAAUCCCCAGGCAAGUCGAAGCGAUUGCCAGAGCCCAUCGCAUUGGGCAGACAAAGACAGUAAAAGAAGCGUCGAGGACCAGAUGCUGGAUCGCAUCAGACGGAAGCUAUUCUUAUCUGUCAAAGUCAUGGGCUCGGACAACCCGUCGGCGGAUGAGAGCUCUGCUCUGAAGUCGAAAGAGCUGAUGGAUAUUCUCCGGAAAGGAAGCAGCGCGCUUACCCAAAACUCAAAUGACAUGGAUCUGCAAACUUUCCUGGACGCCCCAGUUUCCAAGAUACUUGAUGCCUCUCGCUCCUGUGAGGAUCGCAAGGAGGCGAAAGUGAAACACGAACUAGCACCAGAGGCCACGGAGGCCAAGGACGACAAGCUCCUUGCCGCAGCCGAGGAAGAAGAGAAGGCUCUGCUGGGCGGCGUGGCACAAGUACAAAGUAGACUGUUCGAAGGCCAGUAUGUCCCACGCACGAAGCCUGCUAACAACAAAGAGAUCGCGCAGGAGUGGAACAACUUACAGAAGCGCGCUCGCGUGGACAACAUUGUGACGAUAGACAGUAUGCAAUUCAUUGCGCCGCAAGUCUCUUCCGAAGCGUCGCCUACAUCAAGUACCAGCGAGACGGCUGCCAAGAAGACCCGAAAACACGAAUGGGAAGAUUGUCAUGUCCUCGAGUGUUUCAUCCUGAAUGUCACGGACUCUCGCCAGCACAGUUACGCCGGACUAACUUCAUACGCUGUCCCCAGCACUCGUGUGCAUCGUGCCGGCGAGGUACCGCAGAGGCUGGCGGUAUGCUCUUCCGGUGCCAGACGUGUCCGCAGGCUUUUUGUGAAGAUUGUUUACCGAGUGGCGAGAUGGAUGCUGUUGGUCCCACCCUGCCUGAAUUCACUCUGCUUGGAUACGGAGAGAAAUCGACCGCGUAUUACAUUCGAUGCGACGACUGCCAACGGCGAUUCAAAGAAGAUGCA